AUGAUAACCGAGUUGCAUCUGCUGCUGUCCUUGGAGACAGAGCUGCGACUCUUUGUUUGUCAUUUACAGCAUUCAUAUUUACUGUUGAAGCACAGGCAGACUGCAGACACGGUUGUAGACCAGGAAGUAAAAAAUGCCAUGGAUGAACCUUUAUCUAACUGUGAUAUACCAUUUACCGAUUUUAGAUCUCCACCAAAAGAUUGCGGUGACAUAAAAGGUUUAAGUGGAGUGUACACCAUCAACCCUAAUAGAGAUAGUUGUGGUUUUAGUGUUUACUGUGACAUGACUACAGAUGGCGGAGGUUGGACAGUAUUCCAGAAUAGAAUAAAUGGUAACGUAGACUUUUAUAGAAAUUGGGAGGAGUUUGAAUUAGGAUUUGGUGACAUUGAGACUGAAUUCUGGCUAGGAAAUGAAAAACUUCACCAACUUACUUCCAGCAACGCAUACACUAUAAUGGUUGUUUUAGAAGAUUUUGAUAACGAGACACGUUAUGCAGAAUAUCAAUCGUUUGCCAUAGGUGAUGCGCCUUCUAAAUAUGCAUUAUAUGUCAGUGGGUAUAGUGGCGACGCAGGAGAUAGUCUUACUUACUCAAAUGGUAUGAAGUUUACGACUUUUGAUCAGAACAACAACCCUCCUUCUAUGUAUGGUAACUGUGCUGUAUCUUUCCAUGGAGCGUGGUGGCAUAAGGCCUGUCAUCAUAGCUGUCUGAAUGGUGGAUAUUUGGCGGGAGAUCAAUCAACGUUUGGAAGUGGAAUUAAUUGGUACACUUGGCGGGGUUUAGAAUACUCUUACAAGUCGGCCAGAAUGAUGAUACGAAGACAGUAG